GGGUACGAGUGGUAGGAGGAGAAGAAAAUGGGCGAACAUGGAUCGGGUGUAGGCAGCAGGUUACACAAUGGCUUGUGAUCAUGUACUGGUGCUCGAAUGCAAGUGGCAUAGUGGGAGAUGAUCUUGAGAGAAGCAUGCUUGAAGUGAGUUGUGCGAGAUUUAGAGAACGAAGUGGGAGAUUUAGAGGCAAUAGGUGCAGGAUGCAAAUGCCAGAGAGGAAGAGUGUGGGAGAAAAAAAGUAGUAUUUCAUUUUGAAAUGUCAGUCCUUCACACUCAGUUAUUUCUUUGUUAAAAUUUAAACAUAGAUCAAACUUGAUGGUUUGUUUUUUCUUUUUUUACAGAUGUUUUAUCUCUAGUAUUGCAUUUUAAAUUUUCUACUAUUUCCUUUCAUGGCUUCAAUUAUAUAAUUUUCUAAGUCCAGAGGAAUAUAUUGAAUCAUAUUGUGUUACUAAAGUAGGCCUUUUCCUACUGUACCAGCAUUUGGAGAUCAUGAUUUGGUGCAUUCAGCAUGAUUUCCUUGAGAAUGUGCAGUCGUGCUAUCCUGACUAUCAAUCAUGGGCAUCACAUGCUCAGGAAAGGAAGUCAGCAGCUAUUAAGCAAUCCUGGCCUGAUAGUUCAAGUUAUUUGGCAUAUUAUGGUGAUCGAUCUGAGCCUGCAUUAUUUAUUGAGCAGGCAUUGUCCAAUCUUGAAAUUGAAGAAUGCUUCGGAGAUAAGCAUGAUGAAAUAGAUGUAUUUUGCUUGCAGGACACAAAUUCUCCCGUAAUGUUUUCAUCUAAAAUUAAUGAGUCUUACAGGAAUCAUGCAUCAGCGUGUUACCCUUUUAAACAAGCACGAGCUGCUGUGGAUGCUAUAUUUUUACACGGAGCUUCUGAUAUGGUGAUUGCAAAAAGAGCUAUAUUCUUAUAUUAUUUAUUUGACCGGCAUUGGACUUUACCAGAUGCAGAAUGGAGGUAUGUAGUUGAUGAUUUUGCCUCGUCAUUUGGUAUAGGCAGACUUCAACUACUGGAAUCUUUGAUGUUUUAUCUUCUCGAUGAUCACACGGAUCAGGCCUUGCAGGUAAUCUUUUCAUGUCAU